AUGGCUGUUACAUCCGAGUCAUCCAUUUCACCUACUUCUCCUACCCAGCAAAGUUUACUACCAAAUGUCGAAACCCAUUUAACUGAUCUUUUACGCAAAAUAAAGUCGAUAUACCCAGGGAUUCUCAAAUCAACUCUUGGUGAACUUUAUGCAAUAGUGUUGAAAUGCAAGCACGACUCUCUACCUCUCACUGACGUAUACAAGAACAUCGACCAACUACUUGGCCUCUCUCAACCAGAAUUAGCUGAAUUCUUCAAGAAAGAAGUAUCUCAAUUCAUACCAUCAGUUCAAGACAAAGUACCAAAGAGUCCAAGAUCUAACAAAGAUAAAACAAAUACCAAGGCAAAGAACAACAGUAAUGGAACUAUAAUUGACAAGAACAACCUGACAAGCACAGACAAUGGGGAAACUAGAACCAGCAAGGAGGGUAUGGAACCAUUCAUAGGUGAAUAUACCAUCUCAUAUGUCCGAUCACAGCGACCAUCACCUGUACGACGAUCAACUACUCAUAGGACCUUAGAAGGUGAUUCAAUACAACAACUAUUACAAAAAGGCAAGCCAUCCCUGAUAGACGACAUCUAUCAACAUAUCGAUCAUGCUGAUACUUUCACGUCCUUUCUCGAAUUACUCUCAUUGUAUGACUCACAAACUAUCAACUACGAUGAAUUGAUGCAACGGGCGGUUCCUUUCUUGGGAAGUAAUAAAGCUCUUCUUGAACGAUUCAAUCAAGGCAUUCUGGAAGACAGAUUGGAUACAGAUCAAGCACACAAUGAUGAUGAUCUAUUAGAGUAUCCUCCUAGUUCAUUGAGAACAACUUGCAACAAUGAAGGUGAUUCCCCUGCUAUUUCUGUGGCGUCUUCAAGUACAACCAACUCAUCAUCUAGUUCUCCACUAUAUCAAUUUAAAGAUAAUACUUCAAGUUAUCGAUGGAUCCCAAAAUCACGGCGAAGUGAACAAUGCUCAGGUCGUGAUAAACUCUGCUGGCAGGUAUUGAAUGAUGAAUAUGUAUCUCAUCCAACUUGGGCAAGUGAAGACAAUGGAUUCUUGUCAUCUAAGAAAAAUAAAUAUGAAGAUAUGAUCCAUAGAGUGGAGGACGAAAGAUAUGGCUUGGACAUUGAAAUCUGCAAUAACUGGGAUGUACUAACACAUCUGGAAAAAUAUCUUCGUCGACUCAAACGUCCAUCUCAAAGUUUAAAAGGCAAAUCGAAAUCGACAACUAACCAAAGUGAUGUUUGUUCAAGCAAUAUCGUUACUCAAGCUGUCAAGAAACUAUAUACCCGGGAUCGCCAACAAGAUAUUAUGGAAUCCAUUCGUAACAACCCAAUUAAAACUCUUCCUGAUAUUUUGAAAUUAAUGAAGCAAAGAGAUGUAGACUUGCGAAAACAAAAGGCUGAAAAGGAAGAAAGCUGGAAUGAAACGGUGGACAAGAAUUACUAUAAAUCUCUGGAUUACCAUAAAACAGAAGGACGAAAGAAUCUUACGAUUCAAAGCUUGGUCACUGAAAUUGACGCAUUAUGGCAUGAGCAACAACGACUCUCCUUACUUGACAAACAAAGAAAUCGAUCGCAACUAGCAUUAUUACAACAACAACAACAAGAAGAAGAAGAAAAAACAGUGCGGGAAGAAAAUGGGAACGUUCCAAGUUCAACAUCCACACCAUCAUCUCAUCGAUCAUCAGACCUAUCACCACCACAACUUGUAUAUACAAUGCAUGAUUCAUCUAUUGCUUAUGACAUUUUUGAAUUAAUGCGAACAUCUAACCGUCAUCAAAUCCAGUACAGCAACAAGGACGCUUCAUCCAUAGACUAUUUCAUUACUCAUCAACUACCUCAGAUAUUUGGAUUACCAGAAAAUAUUGACAUCGCUAUCGAACAUGAUCCAUCUACUGCUACUUCUACAGAAAAAUCCAAGAUAGAUGCUAUUCAAACCCGAUCACAACGACAACGACAGCAAUUACGCCAAGAGCAUACACCCUCGAACUUGACCGAUAACAAAGUACAUAGGCAAAUUACUGUCAACUUUGAUGGACGAUUAUUUAUUGGGAAUACCAAUUGGUACUGUGUAAUCCGAUACUUCCAGAUGAUAUAUGAAUGUUUGUCGAUUCUCAAGACAUGGGGAGUCCGAUACAAAGAAUCACCAGAAGAUACAAAACGUAGUAUCACAGCAGCAGUCGAUUUGAAACUUGAUACCAAGGGAAUAGCAAGUGUCGAAAUCGAUCUCAAACAGGGUUAUUACCAAGCAGCCAUUGACAUCAUCAAGCAUUUCAUUACUGGGAAUAUUGAACAACUGGACUUUGAAGAAGGCAUACGAUACUUUUUUGGUGUACAGGCAUAUGUGACAUUCAACUUUGAGAAAACCAUGCUGGCUUUAAUUCGUCAAGUUCAUCAAAUUGUCAACAAUUCAAAAUGUAUGGAACUGUUCACUCUAUUUCAAACUAUACCGCCAACGAUUCGAUUGGAAGAUAUUGAUCCGAUUGCUUUGUAUCGACAUGCUGUAGAAGAUAUUAUUGGAUCAACGGAAAACAAAUUUAUCAUUAGCAUGGAUGGUGCUCAUCAGCAACUAUGUUUACAAAUCCUUGGUAUGAAUGAAGCAGUAUUUCCGCAUGAACAAGAUGAUGAUUACCAUGCUUACUUGACCACAUAUCAAAACCGAAAAAAGAAGACAUUGGGUGUGAAAAGGAAACGUACCAGUAAAGUGUUUCUUAAACGAAACUUGGAAGACGAACAAAAGAGAGCGAAAAGUAAUAUCAUGGUGCAACAAGAUCUCCGGUAUAAGAUCUGUAAGCAAGCAUAUCAUAUGUUCUAUGAAACCGGUACCGAAGAUAUGUAUGUACGACAACUUAGGAAACCACGGAGGUCCAAAUAG